UAAGUCACUUGUCCAGGGUCUCACAGCUAAGGGAAUACCAAGCAUCCUAUGGACCACAACAAUGAAGAAAAUAUAGAAGUUGCUAAGGUGUUCUAUUCAAAUCUGCAUACUAUAUCUCAGUGAGGAUACUUUUCGUAAGGAAAAUUCUAAAUGGAUUUGGACCUUUGUCACUGAGGCAUAUUCCUUUGGACAGAAGAAAUGACUAAACAUAGAUCACUAUCUAGAACUCUGAAUUUUCUUCGCUUUAAGAGGAAGAGCUGGUUCUUUUUGAAAUUUGGAUUUCUUGUCUUUGCUCUGAUUGUGUUUUGUGAAUAUAUAAUUUAUUAUUUAGUGAUCUUUCAAUGUCACUGGCCAGAAGUGAAAACUAUAGCUUCUGAAAGCAAACAACAGACUCCUGAACCUGUGCUGAAGGUUAUGUUUUUAGCUGAUACCCACUUGCUUGGGGAAAUAAAUGGACAUUGGUUGGACAAAUUACGACGGGAGUGGCAAAUGGAAAGGGCCUUUCAAACAGCCCUAUGGUUCCUACAGCCAGAGAUUGCCUUCAUUCUGGGGGAUGUCUUUGAUGAAGGGAAAUGGAGUUCCCCUGAGGCUUGGGCUGCUGAUGUGGAAAGGUUCCGGAGAGUAUUUCAACAUCCACCUCACACACAACUCAUAGUGGUUGCUGGCAACCAUGAUAUUGGCUUUCAUUAUGAGAUGAACACUUAUAAACUACAACGAUUUAAGAAGGUUUUUGAUUUUGGGGAACUUUUUUCUAUUAAAGGGAUUAAUUUUGUGAUGGUGAAUAGUGUGGCAAUGGAGGGAGAUGGCUGCACUAUUUGCUCUUCAAUGGAAGCCCAACUCAUUAAACUAUCUCACCUACUGAAUUGCUCCAGACAGGAGAAGUACCAUUCCAGCCCAAAGUGUAGUGGUAUUCAACAGCUUUCAGCAUCAGCUCCUAUCCUUCUCCAGCAUUAUCCUCUAUACCGGAGAAGUGAUGCUGACUGCACUGGGGAAGAUUCUGCUCCUCCAGAGAAAAAGAACCUCUUAUUUGAAGAGAGAUAUGAUGUACUUUCUAAAGAGGCUUCCCAAAAGCUUCUGUGGUGGUUUCAACCUCGCUUGAUUCUGAGUGGUCAUACUCACAGUGCCUGUGAAGUGCUACAUGAUGGAAAAAUCCCUGAAAUCAGUGUUCCAUCUUUCAGUUGGAGAAACAGAAACAACCCUAGUUUCAUUAUGGGCAGCAUAACAUCAGUAGAUUAUUCCCUCUCCAAAUGUUUCCUUCCACUUGAGCAUACAGUGCUGACUAUUUACUGCAUAGCAGGUAUUUUGGUGGCUUUGUUAAUGUUAACUCACUGUCAGCCUGUGUAACACCACCAUUUCUUUUCAUCUCAUUUCAUUCAGUUGAUACGUAAUCAGAAAGCAUAAGGCAAUGUGAAGAGCAGGACAUUUCUGCAUUUAGUAACAAAUACCAAAGCGGAAAACAACUGAACUUCAGGCUGUACUCAUGUCAGAGAAUGACCUAACUGGACAAGUCCAAAUGCAGGUCAUCCAUUUUUAUGCACAUCAUAGAAAUUCUAAACAAUUGAUAUGAAUUACUACAGGAUAAAUAGUUGAUUGAAAUGUUUCAUGCUGUAAAAAAAAAGUAACAAGUAUCCUACAACAAAUUGAACUGUUUUCUUGCUAUAUAAUUUUUAUCAAAUAUAUGUAUACUCAGAUUGUAUCUGUACAACAUGUAAGUCCUAUUAGCCUCAUAACUUGCAUGCACUACAAACUCCUACCUUCCACAGAUGGAACUUGCAACCCAGAAACACACUGGCAGUAGUGUAUGUACAUAUCAGUGGGUGUGGCUUCUGUUCUAGUAUGACAUUCCCUCAGAUUCCUAAGUUUUAUAAAGCUGUACAUCUAGAAGGGGAAGCAGAUUCUCCUCUAGAUUCUAUGAGAGCAGGAAAAUAUUGUUUGUUUGGUAGAAUUCUACUUUUCUCUGCUGAAACAGGAUUAUUAUUGUUAUUUAAAUAGGUAUAAUUAUUUCUCUACUAGACAAUCUUUAACCCCUUCUAGUGGUCAAAAAAGACACUUCUGAAAACUGGAAAAAAUGGCCUAUAAAAAGGUAAAUUGAUGUGUUUUUCAUUUUGAGCCAGAAAUAAUUGUUUUUAAAGCAGCCUGGAUUUUUCUUUUAUUAUCAUUAUAAACAGGCAAUCUUGUAUUAUAGUGUUCAAGGAAUCUGUCAGAGGCAAAUAUUGUAUAUACAUCACAGUAUAGAUGUUCAUUUUAUUUGGGAAAUUACUCCCCUCUCCAGUUUUUCCAUAGUUUUGGUUUCUUGAAAGACAUCUAGAAUAUAGCUGCAUGUCUUCUCCCUUUCUUGGAAGUGUGAGGGGAUUUGGACGUAGGUUUUGCUUUUUCAUCUAUCAAUCUGACCAAAUAUCUUAUGAAACAGUAGGGUUAAUAUAAUGCUGAUGGGAGAAAACUCAGGAGGAUACAAGACAGGCUGUUAUAUGUCAUAAAAUUAAUUUUAAAUGAAGAAAUAGGAGCAUUUACUGACAUUUAAUUUCAGGGCAAAAGAGAGCAUUGGUUUUAAAAAAUAUGGUAUAAAAAUCUGAUUUAUGGGGUGAGUCUUAAAAUUCUAAACAAAGGAUGGAGACAGUCCAAGUAUUGGUAAAGAAAAUUGAUGAAGUAAUGUAGGCUAACACUUGUCUAGGUUUCUGUUAUUGCAACUGUAAUUUUCGACAUUUGUACAGGUUAUUUCAGACACAGGAAAAGUGUAUAUACUCACACAGACAAAACAACCAUGUAUAAAAUAUAAAGCAGUGUUAUAGUUACUAAAAAGGACAUGCCUUAUUGCUACAACAAUUCUUGCUUUUUAUAUAAUGUACUGUACCAUAACUUGUUUUGAGAAUGUCAUUUGCAUAAAUUAUUCAAGUUUGAGAAAUAUUCACACGUUUUGAUCCUACAAUAUUUAAAAUAAAACAAUUUUCUAAUGUGUCUCUUUAUUAAAAGAGAAAUAAAAAUGUCAUUUUGCAAUUUU